AUGAGCCAACAGCGAACACCAAACCCGAAAGGACUGCUGGAGGGCAGUGUCCUCAGCGACGCGCCUGACUCCAUCCGCACCGGCCCCAAGAUUUCCUUCUCCGCCUUUUCGCGUGGUCCUUACACACCGCGCGGGUAUGUGGCCUCGGCUCGUGCUCGCAGCGUCACCACCGCGACGCGUAAACGGAGCGGCUCGAGGCGUGGAAGCUUGCUGUCACACAUGCGCGUCGCGGUGCGUGACGACGCGGACGACGAUAGUGCUCCCCUCCCCAGCGCGAAGGAGGACUCGCUGAACCUGUACAGCAGCUCUCCCUUUCGUGGUGCAUCGCCGUCCAUUGUGUCGAUGAACCGACCGGGCUCCGUGCCGAAUGAGGUGCUGCCGCAAGCACCGGACAUCCAGCACAUCGAGGGUGAACUGUGGUAUGUGACGGGGAAGAGCAUCCCGGGUAAAAAGAAGCGGGCGACGGCGCAGUGGGUGGUGUGCGAGGACAACCACCUCUCUGUCUACACCAGCUGGGCGAAGAGCAGCCGGCAGCUGGAGGAGCGGCAGUUUGAGUGGGUGCGCAUCCUCUUUGACUACAUGCACCCGCACAAUCACGUGGGAGAGAUGAGCGGGCCCGUGCCGCAGACGCGCCGGAUGACGAUGCUGCGCCACCAGCCCCGCACAACAACGGAGAGUCGAUUGGUGUUCGAGACACGCGAUCCGCUGCGAGCGAAGAGCUUAGCGGGCUACUAUUACUUCGGCAUCGAGUGCGUGUUCCGCGACGCCGCCACGGGGAAACUGCGCCGUUUCCUCGAGAUUUUCUGCACCGAUAGCGCCGCGGACCACCGCCAGUGGAUAGACUUUUGGGAGGAGAUGCAGCUUCGUUACCCGAUGGUCCGCAACCGGGACGCGAACGCAGCGUCGAUGGACAUGGGAUCGGAAUGGCUCCAUGACUUCAUGUUUCCGCGCAACCCCGCCAAGUCCCCGCAACCAGACGAUGCAGACAUGAGCAGCUCUCACUUACCGUCGCCCUUCCACAACAGCAGCUGUGUCUCCCCACGCGUGCCUCGGCUCGGCACCGCGGCAAACGUAAGCAGCGGUUUGUUAGACAUGACCGGAUCCGCACUGUCGCCGGUGAGGAGCGGCUUGGCGAGCGGGGAGGGCAGCAGCCCACUUGCGCUGGUGCCGAUGGCGUCAACGCAGCGUUGCGCGGUGCGACGCAAUCUGUUUGAGGAGGGCUCCGCGGAGGAGGGCGGCAAAGGGGGAUUUCCGGAACUGUUGCGAUACCUCGCCGAGGCGGAGCGCAAGGUGCGCGAGGGUGUGGAAUGCGCAGAGAUGGCGACGCGCAGCAUGCUGGAGGCCAACCUUGCGCUUCGCUCGUUAGCGCGGCAGGCGCUUGCGGAAGAGCAACUUCCUCCCAUGGCUUGUUUAGCACUCCUUGGCCAAUCAAAGCAGGACGAGGCCGAUGCGCUCCGCGGAGCUUUCACCCAAGACCGCGCCGUAAUCCACGCGCUGCAAAGCGACCUCAAGGCGCUGUGCGCUGCUCUGGCGCAGCGACCCCCGCCGCAACCCGAGGGGGCGUGUGACGCAGCACUGGCGACGGCAGCGAGCGCUGUGCCUGCCGCACCUACCAACGACGGGACGCCAUCGAAUGCCGCUGUUGCUUCGUCCGUCACCUUAGCGGAGUACGAAAGGCAGCUGGCUGACUUGCGCGUGCAGAACGCGAAGCUGCAGGAGGAACUCGAUGGCUUUACUUCCUCAGCGGCGGAGAAAGUGAGCGCGGCCUUUAGUGCGUGGACGGAGUUGGACAGCCUCGAGCGCUCCGCUUUGCAAACUGCAGCCGCUCCCUCCGAGAAAGAAGAGACUUUGAAGACGCAGUAUUUGCAGGCGGACGACGCCCUCGUAAGAGCCUUGGUGAACGCUGCGCUGGAACGCGAGAUCGUGUCCGACUCGGUGAACACCAGUGGAGCCGACAACUUCGAGGGUUCUGCUCCGCAUUCAUCUCCUUCGGCACCGUCGUCUGGUAGCCGCAGCUUGUCGCCGCUCGAAGCAGGCUUGGAUGGUGGCCGUCACGGGUGCGAUGAGAACGCGCGCCGAGACGAAUAUGCUGCUGGUCACACGGCGAAUGCUGCUGAUGCACCAGACGUGCUUCCGCAGGUUCGCGAGGUAGUACAGGGGCGUGCGCCGCUGCUGGUGUCCCGGUCCUUGAACGAUGCCGCCCCACGGACGACUGUGCAGGCACUCAUCCGGCAGCAACUGCGACACUUUUCCCUCGAACAUCCACGGCGGCUUGGUGCGCGCUUGAGGUCCGCGCACAGCAACACCUCCGCUAUGGGCGCCUCUCUGCUGACGGCGAGUGCCACUGCUGUGCCCUUGCCUGCUGCUUCGGUAGACGUUGGGAGGGCAUCCCCUCGUGAUGAUUUUCUUCAGCGCGUCGUAGAGAACAUCGUUGGCGCGUUCGGCACCUCUUCUGCUGCCUCGCCCCGCGCCCCGCAGUCGCUGGCGGUGGCGUCGUCCUCGCAGGGUGUGGCGGGUGCGGGAGUGCCACCGCUUGUGUCUUCCACCGAGAACAGUCGCAAUGAACCCGCGGAGGGCGGCGCUACGACGUCAACACGCGCAGGUUGUGCAGUCGUAUCGCUGUGGGUGCUGGCGUUGCGACGAUGCGUAGAGCACCACCGCGAGCAACCGGGAGAGAGCGUGGGCGACACGGGCUUGACCGCGGCUGGGAGCCUGUUAUCAGCGAGAGCAGACGGCGAAACUCUCGCGAAGACCCCGUCAGCAGGCUCCAAUCAAGACACCACCCUUCCCAUAUUCGCGCGGGACCCGUCGUGCGUUCAGCGAAGCGGUCCGGGACACCGUGCGACGUCGUCAGAGGAGGCUCUGCUAAACGAGGCGGGUCGUAGGGGACGCGAUGUUGUGAGGUGGCUAUCAUCGUUAGAGAUGCAUCCUUCCGGCGUGAAGAGUUACGUGGAGGGGUUGGCGGGGGAGCGGUCUGACAAUG